AUGAAUGUGCGAACAGCAGCUCGAAUUGUGGCUUUGCGCCCGUGUAUUGAAGCAUUCCUGGUACGAACCUGCCUGAAUCCCGAAUCAGCUGAGGCUCACGUUGAUGAGGACAGCAAGUUGCUGAGCAUUCUGAAACGACUUUCGUCACCACAGGCCUGGACCGGAGAAGAUAAUGAGUCGCUUGCUGCGGAACAGCAGCAGCAACAGAAAUACGCCAGUACCGAUAUUCACAGAGGAAGCUAUACGAAA